CGUCAGCGAUCUCACAGAGCUAUUGCUCAAUGUUAAAUUGCCGCCGGAUGGGCCGCUUCAGCAGUCAGUGGGUCCUGUUAGCAAGCAACGGGAAGAGAUCGGGAGGAAAAACUCAUACAAGUUCGUCCACUGGACUUCCAUCCGAUGAGUCAUCGACAUCGGUUGCGCAACCGACUGGGCCCGCAUAGGUUGUGAAGUGACAAUCACGUCCACCAUUCGACUUCAGAUGGUCCCGUAAUGAGCUUUCUACCUAGGCCGGCUGAGAGCCGGUACUGCGACGGGGUAUAUAAGCCAGAGUAGCUUUGGAAGGUGACCAGCAAUAGCACUCGUACUCCCUCGUACUCUCUCAACCACCUCAACGAAAUAUGUCUGGCAAGGUCGUCUACCGUCAGUUGGGCAAGUCCGGCCUUCGCGUCUCGGUUCCCAUUGUCGGCGCUAUGAGCUUCGGCGAGCCUGGUUGGGCGACCUUCAACGAGGGCAAGUCUUGGGUGCUCGGCGAGGAGGAGAGCAUACGCGUGCUCAAGGCGGCCUGGGAUAUCGGCAUCAAUACCAUUGAUACUUCGAACAACUACUCGAACGGCGCGUCCGAGCGGAUCAUCGCCAAGUUCCUCGAGAGGUACAACAUCCCGCGCGACCAGGUGGUCAUCGCGACCAAGUGCUACCACAUCGUCAGCAGCAACCCCAACGAGUUCGCCCUGAUCCAGCCCUACCUACUUAACACGCCCGAGCACGUCAACAACGCCGGCCUCUCGCGUACGGCAAUCUUCAACGCCGUCGAGGGCUCCCUCAAGCGCCUCAACACCUCGUAUAUCGACCUCCUCCAGAUCCACCGCUUCGACCCGGUCGUGCCCGUCGAGGAGACGAUGCGCGCGCUGCACGACCUGGUCGUCAGCGGGAAGGUGCGCUACAUCGGCGCGAGCUCGAUGCGCUGUUGGGAGUUUGCGCGCAUGAACGAGGUCGCGGAGAAGAACGGCUGGACGAAGUUUGUGAGCAUGCAGGACCAGUACUCGUUGCUGUACCGCGAGGAGGAGCGCGAGAUGCUGGCGUACUGCAAGUUCAACGGCAUCGGCGUCAUCCCCUACUCCCCACUCUUCGGCGGCAAGCUCGCCAGGCCGGUCGAGGCGGGCGCCACGGCGCGCACCGAGUCGCUGCAAGGCACGCCCAUUGCGCUGCCGCUGUCGGAGGCCGACCAGGCCAUCGUCAAGCGCGUGGAGGAGAUCGCGAAGAAGCGGGGCGUGAAGAUGAGCCAGGUCGCGCUGGCGUGGGUGGCGUCGAAGACGGACAGCAUGAUCGUGGGCAUGAACUCGCCGGCGAGGGCGCAGGAGAGCGCGGUGGCGGACCUGACGCUGACGGACGAGGAGGUGGCGUACUUGGAAGAGCCGUACCAGCCCAAGCCUGUCUUCGGCCACGCCUAAGCCUCGGGGCGGACGCAAAAUGUGUGGAGUUGAGCUUCUUGCCUUUGUUCAGCGAAUUUUGAAUCAUGUACGCAGUCAAUAAGGAUGACGAAGUAUAUAUACAGGACAUUCGUGUUGAUAUGCUUGUAGCCGUCAACCCGCCGC